AUGGAAACUACAGGAUUUGACAACAUGGUGGAUGUGAGGCUCAAAGGAGGUUUUUCUGACGUACGAGCUCUUGAGGUGGUUGCUCAUUCCUUUACUCCAGAAGGUGUCCUCUUUGACAUUUCACGGAGGACAAAAACCUCCUCUAAAAUCAAUUUUACCCAGUUUUCCCUAAUAGAUCUCUCCUUUGCCCUGUUGCAUACUAAUGGCCACCAGCCCAUCCAGCCCAGAAGCCAGCCACCAGCCCAUCCAGCCACCAGCCCAGCAGCCAGGCCAGCCACCAGCUACCAACCCAGCCAGGCCAGCCACCAGCCCAGCAGCCCAGCCAGCCAGCCACCAACCAGGCCAGCCAGACCAGCAGCUAGGCACCAGCCCAGCCAGACAAGCAGCCAGCCACCAGCCCGUCCAGCCCACCAGCCAGACCUGCAGCCAGCCACCAGCCUAGCCAGCCCACCAGCCAAAGCAGCAGCCAGCCACCAGCCAGGCCAGCCAGACCAGCAGCCAGCCACCAGCCCAGCCAGACCAGCUGCCAGCCACAAGCCCAGCCAGCCCACCAGCCAAACCAGCAGCCAGCCUCCAGCCAGGCCAGCCAGACCAGCAGCCAGCCACCAGCCCAGCCAGACCAGCUGCCAGCCACCAGCCCAGCCAGACCACCAAAAGCAAGCCACCAGCCCAGCUAGCCACCAGCCAGACCAGCAGCCAGCUACCAGCCCAGCCAGUUCAAAUUUAUAUCUUAAAAAUAUCUAUAAUACUUGGUACCUGUUUAAACCCAGUGUCAAUCUUGUACACUUUACAUCACUGCACUUCAUUCCAGCACCAAAACUCUCAGAUGGCUAUCCUUCUCAGGCCAAAUUUCUCUCAAAGGUGCCCCAAUUUUGUUCAUAUGUCAAACGGUUUUACUUUCUAACUCAGUUGAAAAGGUGGACGCAGAGAAACAUGUUUCCUUUUUUCAGGUUCUUCACAUAUUGGAUUGUUCUUCAGUUAUCAUAUUCUGCAGUUUCUGAAAAUCCACUAUUUUGCCAGGUGGUGCAAGGUCCUCAAGGUCCUCCUGGCAGAGAUGGAAUGGAUGGGGAGAAGGGAUUGAAAGGUGACCCAGGUCAACCAGGACCAACAGGAGCUCAAGGAUUAAAAGGGGCAAUUGGUCUCCAAGGCAAAGCCGGACCUCAAGGUCAAAAAGGAAUCGAAGGUGACAAAGGUAUUAAUGGCAUACAAGGCAUAAAGGGAGAAAAGGGAUCACCUGGAGUUGCAGGAAUACAAGGUGCUAAAGGUGCUUCAGGGGAUCCUGGAAUCCAGGGGAGUGCUGGGGCCAAGGGCGAGAAAGGUGACAUAGAUACUAGAAUGGCAGAAAAGCAAUUGCUUCUAGAAAAUAAAAUAGCUGUUUUGGAAAAAAGCCUGAUUUUUCUAAGGAAAACUGUCCAGUCUUCUGUAAAAGGAGUGAAGGUACUUGGAGACAAAGUGUACAUACCAACAGAUUUCGAUGAAGAUUAUUCCACAAGUCGAGCUGUUUGUGAAGUUCUUGGUGGAACUUUACCCACACCAAUGAAUAGAGAUGAAUAUAAUAUUAUCAUACAAUAUGCAAAAGAAUUGAAAAAGUAUAUUUUUUUAGGCAUUAAUGAUAUUAAAGAAGAAGGUGUAUUUGUGUAUCUCAAUGGGAAACAAAUAAAUUAUAGUUAUUGGGGUCCGGAAGAGCCCAAUGGCAAAAGAAAAGAAAAUUGUGUUGAAAUAAGAGCAACUCACAAUGGAUGGAUUGACAUUAACUGUGCAAACAAAAAUAGAGUUGUAUGUGAAUAUUAAAUGUGUAUUUUAUAGUAAAAGAUCAUAUCUGA